AUAAUUAAUUAACGUUGUCACGCAUUAGCAACUACGCAACACGUCAUCUGAACAACAUCAGCCCACAGACCGUUUCGUUCUCACUAGCAGCGUGCAUACUUUACUUAAAGAAAACCAGAAAAUAUUAAAACAAGUCAAGGAAAACAGUAACACCUAUCUGUUUUCAACUUUUCGUAUGGCAGCCCUAGAGUCCAACUAGUGUUUUGAGUACCCGUAUAUUGUAAACGAAUAACGUCACCCGCAAGUCCCGCCUUCCGCCCAUUUCGUUUAUCGCCUACAGCAACGUCGUUGUCAUCAGAAAGCAAGUGCGAUUGAGCUCGUCGUCGGUUCCACCUCCGAGGUGCAGUCCGAUUGCUAAUUACGGUCGCAGUGUAACAGUCUGGCACGAGAGACGAUCGAGCAUGUCGACUCUUGACGUCAGCGACGGUACGGACGAUUUCAGUCGCUUGCAGGCGUUCUUGGACAAGGCCGAUCUGUCGGACCACUUCAAUAACAUCUACUUCCACCUUUGCGUACGCCGCGUCGAAGAUCUCAAAGACAUUAGCGAGAGCGAUGCGACGAGCAUCAACAUGACAAAGCCGCAGUUCAGUCGUCUGAAGCGUUUUCUCAAGGACGAAAAGAGCAACUGGAUGAAGAUAUUCCGACCUUGGCGUGAGAAGCGGCCGGUAACCAACGUCGUCCCGACAACGUCACCCACACCCCAUCAUGGACCAAAAUACUUGAUCAGUAAAGAGUGCCUGAAGUUCUGCAAAUCGAUUGGAACUGGAGAAUAUGGAGAAGUGUUUCGUGGAGAUUGGAGGGACGAGCACAUGUCAAGUGUCCGUGUUGCUAUCAAAACGCUGAACAAACAUGCAGCGCCGAGAAAUGAGGCUGACAUUCGAAAGGAAGCUGAUGCAAUGCAUUCACUGAAUCAUCCGAAUAUUCUCAAACUGUAUGGUGUCGUGCUGAGUGUAGAUGAGCCCAUGAUGCUGGUGCUGGAGUUGGCAGCGUUGGGCAGUUUGGAAAGUGUCUUGCUUUCUGAAGGGGCACGUUUCCCAAUAAUGAAACUGUAUGAGUAUGCAGAGCAGAUUGCAUCUGGUAUGGAAUAUCUGUCUGAAAAACAGAUUGUUCACCGAGAUCUCUCCACGAGAAACUUGUUGCUAGUUACUAAAGAUCGGUUGAAAAUAAGUGAUUUUGGCUUAGCCCGCCCUCUUCCCAAUGGAAAAUCAUAUUACGAGAUGACAGACCCUAAGCAUUCAAAAAUUCCCUUUGGCUGGACUGCACCAGAGGCUCUGAAGACAACUCGAUUCACUGUACACAGUGAUGUGUGGAGCUUUGGAGUGACAUUGUGGGAGAUGUUUGCACAUGGAGCUGCUCCAUGGGGAGAGCUAAAUGCAGUUCAAAUUUUGGAAUUGGUUGAUGCACCACUGUUGAAACGUCUUAAUCGUCCUGAGCAUUGCCCACCGGAUGCAUACCAUCUGAUGUGGACAUGCUGGGCCCACAAUCCUAGUGAUCGGCCAACAUUCAACGGACUGAGGCGGCUAAUACGAACAAUCUUGCCUCAUAAAGCAACAGUGAUCGAGCCUCUACUGGUUGAAAAUGAUCCUAGUGUGUUGACUUUGAAAGAAGGAGAAGUCAUAACUAUCACUGAAUUUUGCGAACCAAACUGGUGCUAUGGUCAGUCGUCUACUGGUGUUUAUGGCAAGUUUCCAAAAAGUCAUAUCCAGUUGGAUGCAAAAAAGAACGUGGCAGACCAUGAAACUUUGCCAUCACCUGGAGAUCGGUUGCCUGUGCUAUCAACAGAUGAUAUCUCAAAUCCAUGCAAUGCAACCCAUAAUUUUCAUAUCAGUACUACGCAGCUGGCUGGAAUGACUGAGUUGCAGCUUCAAGAAAUGUUGGGGAGCAAGACAAUAACGCGUAACAUAACACCAGUAGCAAGUCUAGUAUCAGGUAUGAGAGAAUCAAGACGAUCAUCUGUAUUCUCAACGACGAGUGAUACAAGAUCAGUCAGUAGUGUCGGUCAUUCGGUCUCUCCCCCAGGAAUCCUCUCAAAAACACCCCAGCAAAAUCGUCCUCUUCCUACACUGCCCUAUCAUCGUAAUAUUUCAGAGUCCAACACAGACAUGCACCGGCCUCUUGUAACAAGAAUUACUAGGAGCCAGACAGUGGAUGUAUUCCCUCAGCCGGGACCUAGUAUACCACGACCGACUAUUCGUAAGCCAACGAAUCAAAAUCACAUGUUGCAACCUUCAAGGCAAUCUCACCAUGGAGAGCUUCCCCCACCCUACACUCCAAGUCACACUGCCAUACCACCAUUCUGUGGUAAUGUUGCAUGGACAGCAACACCAAAUCCAAACAGGCCUCACACAGUGGCUUUCAAUAGUUCGUCCUCCGAGUAUGCCCACCUGUGGGAAGCUAGAUCAGCACAUUCCCCCAAGGCAACGAUGGAUGAUUCAGUUCUUACAAGUGCAAGUACAAGGCGUUCUCUUAUAUCAUUUACUGAUCCUUCUAUUCCUUUUGAUAUGCCUAAUCCACCGCACCCUUACCAAAAUCAUACACCUCAAAGUCUGAAGCCUGGAGGAUAUGCAUCACUGCAACCAUCAACAGCAACGCAACGAAACAAGCCACCUCCAUUGCAGGCAGUGGAUGAAGACCGAGAAGAGUACAUGGUAAUGAACUCGCCACACAGUAGGAGUCCAAGCCCUUGCGUGAGUGAUGGACAGAGUAAAGGUGAAACCAAUAGUCUUACUCGGAGCUUGUCUGAUCCACAGAUGAAUGUACACGGUGAUGAGUAUGUUGAUAUGAAUGAGCAAAACCGCUUGAUGUUGCGUAAUGCUGCCAAACGAAAUCUAAUUAGAAAACCAGAUUGUGUCAAUCCACAGUCACAAGGCAAACCCACUCCAUCCUCUCGUACAACAAAGACAUCGCCACCAAAACCAAUCCCCCGUCCCCGUGACUGGCAGUCACGGCCAUCUCACCCAACCAUGAGUCCAGUAGAACGAAUGCGGUCGUCUACUGUGCCACCUCCACUGCAUAAUAAUCCACCCCCUUCAGUACUGUCUCCAGAGAGAAAACCACCGUCUGGUCCUGUGAUCAAAAUACAAAGAGUGCGACUAGCAGUGCCUGACACAUCUGAAAAGGACGCUGAAGAUAUCUUGAAAUUGUAUGAAUGGGAUGUGGAUACCACAAUUCGACACCUGAAAGUCGCUCAAGGAGCUGAACUCACAAACUACAACAAGGAGCACGUAAGGCAAGUCACCACUGCACAUCGAGAUACCACAGAAGCAGUACGGUAUUUGAAAGUAGAGAAGGUUUUGCAGUUUGCAAAGUCAGCUGGACUGAAGCAAGCAACGACGUCCUCUUGCCAGAGUGCUCUGGAUCACUGUCAGUGGAAUUGCGAUCGAGCAAUUCACUUCCUAUUGGGACAGAACAAAUGACCCACAUUGGGACCUGAAUUUAGUAAACAAUAGAGGGCUUGUAAUGUGUUUAUGAAUAAUUACGUAGUUUCUGUUAUGGUAUGGUAUUUUCAUACUGCAGACUGGUGGAACAAGGAUUCGUUGAGUAUUACUAAAUUUUAGUUGAACUAGUUGUUGUCACAGCUUGUUGUUAUAAAAAUAUUUAUAAUUACUUUUGGUUCUUA